UAUCCCAUAGAAUUUAGGAUGGAUAGUAUACUUGUUUUAAAUAGAAUUUGGCGCAUUUUUGAUCUCGUCUCGCGGUGAUGACGUCACCGCGAGCGCCUCCUCCAGUCCGCGUCGGGUCUUCUGAGGAGAGGCAGCUCACGAUCUGCUGCUUCCACACACAAGCUCCUCUCACAACAAUCACACCAUCAGUGAUUUCACCAAUAAAUGCUGGAAUUUUCCCAUCAGUUCAGAAGUGAAGACGAGCAUCAGGAAGAGCUGAAAUCUGCAAAGACUGAGUUUAUUAAAGAGGACAGAGAGAACAUGAGUGAUCCAGAGCCAUGCAGAAUCAAACACACUGAAGAACAGAGAGACCCUAAAGAAGAGAACGAGGAGAGUGAAGAACUGAAUGAAGUGGAGGAGAAGCAUCAUGUCAAACUUGAAGAGAAACCUCUGAGUCACUCGAAAAUGAAAAAUAAUUUUUUAAAGGAAAGAAGAGCCGAGAAAUCGUCCACCUGCCUUCAGUGUGGAGAGAGUUUCACAUACGAACAAAGUCUUGAGAUUCACAUGAGAGUUCAUACUGGAGAGAAGCCAUACGCACGUGAUCAAUGCGGCAAAACAUUUGUGUCAUCAGACCUGAAGAAACACCUGACAGUUCAUACGAAGGAGAAGCCACAUUUGUGUUCUUUAUGUGGAAAGAGUUUUUCACUGCUGCAAAGUUUAAAAUCACAUCAGAAAACACAUACUGGUUUAAGAGAUUAUAUGUGCUUUGAGUGUGGGAAGACUUUUACUUGGGCAAAACAUUUAAAACAGCAUCAGAGGAUCCACACUGGAGAGAAACCUUAUAAGUGUUCACACUGUGGCAAGAGAUUCAGUUGGUUAGUACAUCUGAAAACACAUGAGCAGAUCCACACUAGAGAGAAAACACACGUGUGUGAUUUGUGCGGGAAGAGCUUUGCACGCAAAAAACAUUUUAGAGUCCAUAUGAGGAUCCACAUGGGAGAAAAGCCAUACGCAUGUGAUCAAUGUGGAAAGAGUUUCACUCAAUCAUCUCAGCUUAAAGGACACAUGAGGAUCCACACUGGAGAAAAGCCGUACACAUGUGAUCAAUGUGGAAAGUGUUUCUCAUUAAAAAACUAUCUUGAUGUUCACAUGAGGAUCCACACUGGAGAAAAGCCGCACGCAUGUCAUCAAUGCGGCAAAACAUUUCUUAGGGCAUCAGCCCUGAAGAAACAUCUGACAGUUCAUAUUGCGGAGAAGCCACAUUCGUGUUCUGUGUGUGGAAAGAGUUUUUCACUGCUGCAAAGUUUAAAAUUACAUCAGAAAUUGCACAACACUGUGAGAGAUCAUGUGUGCUUUGAGUGUGGGAAGACUUUUACUUUGGUAAACCAUUUAAAACAGCACCAGAUGAUUCACACUGGAGAGAAACCUUACAAGUGUUCACACUGUGACAAGACAUUCAGUCAGUCAGGACAUCUGAAAAGACACGAGCAGAUCCACACUGGAGAGAAGCCACACAUGUGUGAUCAGUGUGGAAAGAGUUUCUCAUUAAAAAUCUAUCUUGAUGUUCACAUGAGAAUCCACACCGGAGAAAAGCCAUAUGCAUGUGAUCAAUGCGGCAAAACAUUUCUUGUGUCAAGAGCCCUGAAGAAACACCUGGCAGUUCAUACAGGGGAGAAACCAUAUUCAUGUUCCUUAUGUGGAAAGGGUUUUCCAGUGCUGCAAAGUUUAAAAUCACAUCAGAAAACACACACUGGUGUGAGAGCACAUGUGUGCAUUGAGUGUGGAAAGACUUUUACUUUAGCAAGCUAUUUAAAACUGCACCAGAGGAUUCACACUGGAGAGAAACCUUAUAAGUGUUCACACUGUGACAAGACAUUCAGUCAGUCAGCAAAUCUGAAAACACAUGAGAAGAUCCACACCGGAGAGAAGCCGCACACGUGUGAUCAGUGCGGGAAGAGUUUCGCUUUUAAAAGUCGUCUGAAGCUACACAUGAAGGUCCAUGCAGUAAAGAAACUGAGCAAUAAAGUCUCUUCUGUGUAAGUUAGUUUCCUAACAGCCACAAUUAGUGACGGGACAUUUUGUUGGUUGCUUGUAAAGUAUCUCAUUAUUAUGAGAUACUAAGUCAUAAUUAUUAGAAAGUGUCUCUUUCUCUUUAUAAUGACUUACAUAUUGGUAACACUAUAAUAACAUUCCUUAAAUCAUUACCAAACAUUAUGUAAUGCUUAAUGGAUGAUCAGUUCAUAUAUUAACAUAUCUAGAAACGUGAAAUAAUGUGCUUGUUAAUGUUUACUAAUAAAUGUGUUAGAAAUGUGUUAAUGUUUCAUGUAAAUUAAAAUCCUUACAAAUGUCAUUAAACUUCUAAUUCAUAUGAUCACGCACAUCUUGAAAAUUAUUACAA